CAGAUCCGGCGAGAUCCGAAACAGCAGCAAACAGAGAAAAGCGGCGCCGGCCCCAUCCAAGCAUGCUCGACGACCUCCUCAAGCUCAUCAAGAACAGCCCGCGCUGGGCGCAGUCGCGGCUCGCCCGGCGGCUCGGCUUUGCCGUGGACGAGCCGGCCGAGGAGGACCCGGAGCCCGAGACCACAGACCACGAGAGCCUCUGGACCAAGCUGCGGGUCUCGGGCGCGCAGCCGCCCGUGCGCAGCGGCCAUGCGUCUGUUGUCGUGAAUGGCAUGAUGUACGUCUUUGGCGGCUACAACGACGGCAACUGCCACUUUGACUUGUAUGCGUUCGACUUGACGCACCACCACUGGACCAAGCUCGAGAACAAGGGCGUCGUGUCGCCCGACGGCCGCGCGUCCCACGCGUGGUGCGCCUCGGCCGACGAGACCAAGCUGUACCUCUUUGGCGGUUCAGGCCCGCACUGGGGCCAGACCAACAUGGGCAAGCUCCUCCAGUUUACGCUCGCAACGCAAAAGUGGAGCGUGGUCACAACGGCCGGUACGCAUCCACCGCCGGGGUACGGCCAGAGCAUGGUCGCGAUCGGCUCCAAGCUCUACCUCUUCGGCGGUACCUCGGGGCAUGUCUAUGUCAACGACCUCUUUAUCUUUGACCAAGUGACCGCGACGUGGAGCUGCGCAGCCGCGACUGGCACCAAGCCGUCGCCACGCUACAAGCACCAAGCGGUCGUGUCGGGCAACGACAUGUACAUCAUUGGCGGCGGUCUCUAUGACCCGCCGAAAGGGCCCAUCGACAUGUAUAAAUUUGACGCGCUGUCGUCACACUGGACCAAAGUCGAGUGCGUCGGCGAUCUGCCGCGGUCGCGCAUCGCCCACAGCGUCGUUCUGCACACGACGUCGAGUGGGAAAGCGACAUUUCUCAUGUUUGGCGGGCGCGACGAAACCGGGACGCGCCUGAACGAACUGAGCUCGCUGGACUUGGCAACGUCGACGUGGGUCCGACUGUCGGAGGACGCCAAGGCGCCGGAUGCGCGGGACUUUCACACGGGCGUUAUGUGGGAGAGCGCCAUGUACGUCUUUGGCGGCUCCAACGGCAUUGAGCGCAACAGCGACGUCCACCGGCUUGCGCUCGCGUUUGAGCCGUCGACGCUGCUCGUGCUCGCAGUGCAAGCCGUGCAGUCCCAGUUGCGGUCCAACAAGGCGCUCCAGAUGCAGUACCGGGAGUCGUAUUUGCCGCUGGAGCUGCGCACGGCCGUCCAGUCACUCAACCCGGACGUCACGAUCGCGUCGAACGACCAGUGGUUUCCGCUGCCGGAUGCAAACCGCGCCAAGCAAAAGGUGCACCCGCACGCCUUUUGCAGCUAAACGCUGUGCCCCAUCAAUGUCAUAAUCGCCACCGUAAUAUACUCUCAUAGACGCUUC